AUGGGGUACACAAUUCUAGGGGGUGCUGAGCCUGGGGGUGCUGCAUCUGAGGGUGCUGAGCCUGGGGGUGCUGCGUCUGGGGGUGCUGAGCCUGGGAGUGCUGCGUCUGGGGGUGCUGAGCCUGGGAGUGCUGAGUCUGGGGGUGCGGAGCCUGGGGGUGCUGAGCCAGGAGGUGCGGAGCCUGGGGGUGCUGAGUCUGGGGGUGCUGCGUCUGGGGGUGCUGAGCCUGCGCGUGCUACACCUGGAGGAGCCCUCUCCUCCCAGCAGCUGCAGGAGAGGUACCUCGAGUACUGCCGCCUCCGGAGAGGUGCUGCUGGAGCUCGUCCCGGUACUUCCCCUCCUACCCAGGAGCUCCCCCCCAUUCAGCAGAUCCGCGAGUGGUACACACGCCGCUGCAGUCUUCGGAGUGGUGCUCCUGGUGCUGCGGACCCUGGGGGUGGUGCUGCUGCUGGUGCUGAGGACCCGCCUGGUGGAGCUGCUGCUGGUACUGAGGACUCGGACGUUGGAGCUGCUGCUGGAGCUGAGGACCCGGGCGGUGGCGCUGCUGCUGGUGCUGAGGACCCGGGCGGUGGCGCUGCUGGUGGUGGUGAGGACCCGGACGGUGGAGCUACUGCUGGUGCUGAGGACUCGGACGGUGGAGCUGCUGCUGGAGCUGAGGACCCGGACGGUGGAGCUGCUGCUGGUGCUGAGGACUCGGACGGUGGAGCUGCUACUGGAGCUGAGGACCCGAGCGGUGGCGCUGCUGCUGGUGCUGUGGACCCGGACGCUGGCGCUCCUACUGGUACUGAGGACCCGGCCGCUGGAGUCUCCUCUGCUUCUGGAGACGCUGCGCGGCCGCGGCCGUACUUCGUACCGCUCCUUCAGCAGGUUCUUGGGCAGGCUCCUCCUCCUUGUCCUCCUCCCUCCGUAGAGUGUCCCCCGCCUGUCCUGCCGCAGUCACAGUUACAGCCUACCUCGCCUCUCCCUGCUCCCUCUCCUUACACUGGUCCCACAGGAGGUCUUACAGAGCGUCGUGAGCCUGAGUCUCGUCCUGCGUCGCCUGUUCGUCCUGCUCGCACUGGUAGUCGUGUCCGUCGUGAGCGUCCUCCUCCUGUCCCAGGCACUCACUACAUGACUCUGCGUCCCUCUACUGCUCCUCAGCGUGUCCCUCUCCCGUCUCCUCCUGCGUCCUCUUUGCCUGACGUUCCGGACCCUGAGUCUGACCGGUACCGUGCUGAGCACCCUACUGUCACGCGUCUCCUUGCUACUGUUGUCACUGACCCUACCUUUGAGUCCUCGGCUGCGUCUGCUCUGGUCGCUGAGUUGGUUGACUUUGCUGCUGCCUGUCGUCUAGACUACGCUGCUAGCCUUGUUGCUGAGUCUGAGUCUGAGUCUGUCUGUCCUCCGUCCGUCGGGGGUGAGUGUGCUCUUGGCACGGACGUCCUUGAGGACAGACAGGAGGAGUUCCAGUGUCUUGCUGCUGCUUUGCCCCGUCUCGUGUCCUUGCUAGUUGCCCCUGAGGGAGACCCGGAUGCACCAGACAUCCCGACCCCGCGCACUUACGCUGAGGCGAUGGCGGGUCCCUACUCCUCUCAGUGGCAGACAGCCAUGGACGCCGAGAUGGCUUCCUGGAAGUCCACACGCACCUACGUCGACGAGGUUCCCCCUCCUGGGGCGAACAUCGUCAGUGGCAUGUGGAUUUUCAGGGUGAAGCGGCCGCCGGGUUCUCCGCCUGUCUUCAAGGCGCGUUACGUGGCUCGAGGCUUCAGUCAGCGAGAGGGAGUUGACUUCUUCCAGACCUUCUCCCCCACCCCGAAGAUGACCACUCUUCGGGUGCUGCUGCACAUAGCUGCUCAGCGCGACUACGAGCUUCACUCACUUGACUUCAGCACUGCUUUCUUGCAGGGCAGCCUGCACGAGGAGAUCUGGCUGCGCCGCCCACCUGGCUUCACUGGGUCGUUUCCUCCUGGUACCCAGUGGAGGCUUCAGCGGCCGGUCUACGGUCUCCGCCAGGCUCCGCGUGAGUGGCACGACACACUGAGGACUACACUUGCGGCUCUUGGGUUCGCGCCUUCUACAGCUGACCCGUCGCUGUUCCUGCGCACCGACACUUCGUUGCCGCCGUUCUACAUCCUCGUACCUGGGUGA